AUGCCUCAGCCUGCUGAAGUAGCUGAACCAAAUGCUGCUAAUAGGCUAUUGAGAAAGUUCAACUUCAAGUUAGCAUACGCUUCCGAAGAAUACAAAACUCGUCGUAAACAGCAAAUGGUGCUAUUUAUGACUUCGGCUGCUAUGACCAUCUUUGCUGCAAGAUUUGCUUAUAAGUCCACCAUAACCAGACAAUACGUACCUACUUUAUUCCAAGGGAACCAUUCUCCACCUUUAAGUUACAAUUUCACAACCGACGCUGCAGUGGCCGUGGGCACCGGUACCUUAUUAUGUGGGAGUGUCAGCAGCAUGAUGAUAUUCGGCAGUUGUUGGAUCAUGGAUGUGUCAAACUUCAAAGAAUUCGGUUGGAGGAUGAAAUCGAUACUAGGAGGAUGGGAAAAACAGAAAGAAUUAGCAGCCAUGCCCAUGGACGAAGAAAGUGCCAUGAUCCAAGACGGGUUGAAUGACAUUUUAGAAGGCAAAUAUGACGAUUUGGACGAGUUAAGCAAUGAUUUGGAUACACCUGAUAAAUAA